UAAAACAAAACACUUAUUUUGAAUUCGCUUGAACGUCGUACUUCCGUCUGACGGUGAAGCUGGAGGUCGUCUCGUCCGAGCGAAAGGACGUCGCGAUGAACGCAACCGAAGAGAAGCUGGCGGAGCUCGUGCGCCAUCACCCGAACCUGUACGACCAGUCGCGCGGGGACUACCGAAACAGCGUGAAGGGACACCUGGCGUGGAAAGAGAUAGGCGCCGCGAUGGGUAAAUCCGAGGAAGAAGUGAAGCUGCUGUGGAAAAACCUGCGCGAUAAGUUCUGUAAAGCGAGGAAGCGGCUGGUGCGGAGACAGUUCCCCCAGCAGGACGAAAGCGACCUCCCGUGGGAGGUGCAGGUCCCGGGGCUGUUCAGCCAGAUGGCCUGGCUAACUGCACACGUUAAACUGCGGCCGGAGGUCGGAGGGAGUGUGGCGGACCCGCAGGAGGCAACUGGAAGAGCAGACGAUAUGGAAAAAGAGCAAGAGGAAGACAAGAAGAGGCUGCUUGAGCCCCUCCCAGUUGUCACCACCAGUUUUUCUCUUGCAGAGCCCACUCCAAGCUGCCACCAGAUCAUCGAACCUUCUCCUAAACGCAGAAGACAAGCUCCCGCAGAAACUGGGCCAAGUUCUGCUGAUGCAUUCAGCAAUUUCAGGGAUGAAGACGAACUGUUUUUGCUCAGUCUGCUGCCCUCACUGAAGAGGCUCACCAUUAAAAAAAGGAUGGAGGUCCGGAUGAAGUUCCAGCAGGUGCUUUAUGCUGCAGAGUUUGAGGACUAAAAUCUGGGUCUGGAUCACUACACUAUCUUUGCACUGUCCCCCAGACAGUGGGCUUGUAAAUACAUGUUUAUAAGUUGUUAAGGAUUAUUUUUGUAAUGUUAUUUUUGGUAUUUUUUUACUUCACUAAUCUUCAGAGGCUGGGUUGAAAGGAAGGAAAAACGCUUCACUUUUAUUUACUGAAAAUGCACACAAUCUCAACAUUUAUUUAUGCAACUGCGAGUGUUUUUCUAGUUUUUCAAGAAGUCAUGAAUGAAGGAGUUACAGCAGUCCUGACUCAUUUCCUCAUAGUCAAACAUUUAUUGGAUUAUUUUAUGGUCACAUAAAAAUUAAAGGGAAAAGCACAAAUGCUCCAGUGAAACACUACUUAACCUGCCGCAUUAUAAAGUUUGCUGUGUAUUUUUAUUUCCUCAUAUAAGAGCAGCUUUCACUCAGACAUAUGCAGUGCCUUGCAAUCAUAUUCACAUUUAUCACAUUUAUUCACAACACAAACAUACAUGUAUUUAUUUGAUACAGCAAUCAAAGUGUAAGGAAAAAUUACUUCUUUUUUUUUUCUUUUUCUUUUUUUUUUACCAAUUUUUAUAUUGUAAAUAAAAGUAUGAAAAGCCUGAAAUGCAUUUUCA